AUGAAUCCAUCGGAGGCAAAAGUUUUCAGCUCUGGCAUUGCGAGCAUGUUAUCCUCAAAAAGGCGAAGCGAUAUUUCAUACAGUAGACUUAACCAAAUGGAUGAUUCUACCGAUUUUGUGGAAUUCUCCAACGUUCAUUUUCAGAAAGACGACACCUCAUUGUGUGCUAAGCUUUGCUUUGGUUUGUUAGCGUUGAUGUUACUGACAUCAACUGUGGGUAUAUCGAUCCUUCUACUGAACUUGAAACAUUUUGCGGUCGAUGUUCACUUGAAGAAGGGAAAGGUACACAUGUAUAGAUUUGAACAAGAAUGUACGAUCAUUGGCAACGGGAACGCCAUCAGAAGCAUGUCUAUUGAUCUGACCAUGCAUGUGAUUAACAUCACUGAGACCGACUGUUGGUUUGGAAUAGUUUUAAGUUUUCCUAAAGAAACGCGUAAUUCUCCUUCUACCAAGGAUUACGUGUUUUUGACGCGAGUUACAAGCUCGGAAAUUGACGGGACGCAAAGGCGUUUCGAGGUUUUCGGUACCGGAAAAACUGACAAAGAACUUUCAUUUUACGUUCAUAACAUUUUGCACCAGCUUCUCCCGGCUGUUAAAGUCAAACUCUACGAAUUUGUCCUGAGCAAGGUGUCAAGUUCUUCCAGACAUACUGUCAUGGAAAAACAAGGAUUCUUACCCGGUCUUGUUCAUGUGAAGCGCACUCUGAUCACCAAUGGUGAUUUUUUGACUGUCAUGGCUAAAGCCGGUCCAGGUGACUUUCAAAGCCUUGCCGAUGAAGAAACCGAAUCUCCAACAGCCUCGUGGACGUUGUCUUACGAUGAAACUGCUGUUGUUAACAAAAAAACUGGAAUGGUUAAAAGAAGUGAGAUGUCUCUCUCGGGUGAAUUACCGAUCGGUGCGGACUUAACGUCAUCGCGACGCAAAACCCCUAAUACUAAGAGCUUAGCUGUAUCAUUUAAAAGCACUGCUACAAUGCUUGACGAUUCUCAAGCGAAGCCUAAGCCUUGGAAGACUGUGGUAAAAGAUGAAAACGAACUCAUUCACCCGCUGUUUUUUCCUGCCGGUGAAAAGCCUUCAUUGAUGUAUUUUGCCCCAGCUAAGAGCAAAUCCAAUGAUCCACUUGCACACGAUGAUGUGAUGGAGCUAUUGAAACUUACCAAAAGCCCGGCUGGAAGAUCUACGAAACUGCCUCCCAUGAUCAAGAUUUUGCGUCAUAGAAUUUCAAAGUCAUGGAAUGUCUUUCGAUCAGACGUAGAUGGGGACAUGAGGAAAGACGAUUUGACAAAUUAUGAAAAUGAGGAUGUAGGAGAUGAUAAAGAUAAUAGUGAUGAUGAUGAUGAUAAUUAUAACGAUGACGAUUAUGAUAAUGCUGACGAUAAUGACAAUCAACCCUCUUGGCCUGUACCCAACUUUGCUCCGUUUGGGUUUGGCUACGAAUUUAAAAGAAGGAGGUCUGUAGAAACUCAGAGAUCACUGAAGAGGACUAGGUCUAAAGCUAACGAACAAUCACGACUACGGAGGAAAGAAUCUGAACUAGACACCAUUUGGGAUGAACUCGCAUCCUCUUCGCCGCGAGCUAAUCAUGAACCUCCUCGGGUCAUCCAAACGUCAAUCAUGACUUUAGACUUUAGAUCGGAGAUUGACUACGAGGUUAAUGUGGAUACAGACUAUGAUGGUGACGAUGAUAUUGAAGAACACGACAAUAAUAGUAACGAUGGAGACUGGGAUGUAACGAGUGCCUAUCGAAUCAUGAUUGGACAAUACAGUAUAACACCGUUGAGGAAAACGCACACGCUGGAUAAGCUACGAGGAAAGCUGCCACACAAAGGAAAGCGAAGGAUCAUUCACUGGAGAUUAAACGCGGGAGACUUUGUAAGUAGAUAUUUUCGUGACUGAUAAACAGUUUUUUCAAAGUUAAUUCUCUAAUGAAACGAUCAUGACUGAUGAUCCCCACUCCAACUUCCAGUCCGCUAGAUAUGAUGAUCUCUCUUCUCCAUUGGCAGGUACAACCUCUCAAUUGAUCAAUUACUUCUUGAAAGAUUUUUAAAAGCUUUAGUUGAGGGGGGUUUUUUGUUUCUUAUCUUAAUUCAGUUUCGAUGUUGUUCGUUUUCUUGUCAUUUAAAUUAACACUACUUCUCAAACUCAUUAAUAAUUCAUAAAUAAAAUACAAAAGAAAUUAAUGUUUAAUGAGAGUGUUUGGAAAUCAGAUGAAAAACUGGUCACUUUUGCAUCCUUAAUUUCUCCUUCCAAAAUCAUUUUGUUCGAGAAGUAAUAUCAAGCAUUCGACACAGUCUUUCAUUAACAGAUGAAACACCGCGUCUCAUGCUUGACAUAUUACAUAAUAAGUUUCAGAUUAUGGCUUUGGUAUGAUUCGCCCCAUUGUACCAAGCGCGUCGGGAAAGAGUCAAUAGAGACUCUUCUCUUCAGAGACGUCACACCGAUUUUUGGAUCCUUGUCCGGUAACUACUUUGUGUGUUUUCAGGUAACAUGCAUUCCUCUCUUCUUUAUCCAACGACUCUGUGCUGCAACUCGCCUAAAAUUCGACGUGACCAUUACUUACGGCCUGCCCCGUCUGUCCCUGUCAUAUCCUGUGGAGGUGACUGUCCACAUCAAACAAACAGUCACUACUAACGCCACAUUUUCUGCGCAUGCGUCCACGUGGUUCCUUGAGAGUGGUGUUUACACGACAGGUAAGACAGUAAUAGGUUCUUUCACUACUAAACGGACGCAAGAAAAAAACGCCUUGUUGGUGAGCAUUAGCAGCAUUGGGGCAAGAAAAACAAAGUCGGAUUGCGUCAUUUAAAAUAGUAAUUUCUUUUUAAGGCCCCCAUGACAUUGUUCGUUAUCCAACAAGGUGUUUUUGUAUGAACAAUCUGGCCAUGGAGCUGUAUAGGGCUCAUAAGAUGUUGUGGAGCGAAGAGACGGAUGACAUUUCAGGCUAAUUCGACGUCGUUUUUGCUAUGUAGCUGUUGCCCUUUCGUUCUCUCUACUCCGCAGUGGCUCAAAGGGGCAAGGCGAGAAUAGCGGGCGCAAAAUUUUUUUGGCACUCACUGUUUUCGCAGGGGAAAUCCAAGAGAGUGAUUUUCAUCUGACCUUGAAAAAUCGUGUCGUAAAGUGUUCGUUAUUUGUUUUAUCAGCUAGUGGAUGAAAAGAUCAAAACAUGGACUCUACGUUUUCCCGCCAAAGAAAACCCUGAUACGGAGAAGGCAUUGUUCGAUUGGCCAAUCGUAUUGCAGUAUGACGUCAAAGCGAAGUAUCGGUUGAUUUCUAGAAAGUUCUCGGGCAUGUGCGUUCGGAAAGCCAAUCAAAUAGCUAUAUUUCGGUUUGUUUUUGUUUUUGUUUUGUUCGCGCGUUUUCAUUUCAAGGCCAUACGAACAUCGCUCUAACGCCUCAUUGAACCUGUGCAGAGGAGAGAGAGCGUUCUAAGGGCCUGUUUUCGUGGAGGUAGGGGGACCCCAGGUAGGUGAGGUAACUCGCUUUGGUGGGAUAACCCGCCCGUCCAGUGUCCAUAUAAUCUUUCAUUUUAAUUUGAUCACGUUUACAUGAUAGGUGGGGUGACCCACCGCAUGUUACCUCACCUAUCUUGGGCGGGUCCCCCACCGCCGUGUAAACAGACCCUAAUUGUCUUUUGCCGAGUAUAUUAACGGGGUGCACACGGCAAGACAAAACAGAAUGAUGUCAUUUUGUCAGGCUGGGAGUUUAUUCCUCUCUUUCGUUAUUUAAGCAUAUAAACGCUAAUGUCGACUAUUAAGUCUACUCCAAGCCAUGCUAAGGGCUUGUGCUAUGGAGUAUUUCGACCAAAUCGCUUAGUCAAAAAUUGUGUCAGUGGUGAUCACAUGACCAAAAAGAAGUCCUGUGAAAGUUGCCAGUCCGGCGUUGUUGAGAACGCUGGCUAACCGUCGUAGUCACUUUUCACCAGGCUUAUAAGCGCCAAGGAAUUUGGUCAAAUUAUAAAUACAGGUCGAACCUCCCGUAAGCAACCACCCAAAAUGCGAAGAUUUAGUGGUCGCUGACGAGAAUCGAAGAACGGGUAAACUUUUUCUAGUACAAAGUAGAGGUCCAGAGACUUCUACAUUCUAGGAAAUUUAAUGCCCGCAAUUUCAAAGAUACGAUUUCUGUAGUUCCAUCCCGUCAUUUUAAGUUUCUAGUAUAUUCCCCCAUUGGGCCAUUGGCAUUCCCCCUUGGGCCCAUUUCCCAAUCCGCCCAUGACUAAUAUUUUUGAUAGGUGGUCGCUUUCAAGAGAAAAUCACACAUGAGGUUUCGACUGUACAUAAAUGCUUAAACUUCAGUUUUAAUUGGAGCAUGGAAUCAACUCUCCCUGAAGUAAUUAAUUUGUUUCUCCAACAGGGACCGUUGCUAUGGCUACCCUGCCUGUCAGGUUAUCGUUCAAAGAAGAAGCAAACCCUGAAUGGUGCGUGACAGGUAAUCUUGAACAGAAAAUGGUGCGAAUAAAUAGCGCACCUUUGUCGCCUUGGAACUGUUCUCUGGGUCAUAAACAGUGGGUAAGAACGUGCACCGGGCUACCGAAGUAUUUUAACAUCUCUCCGGCGAGUUUUGACUCGCAACACAGCUUAAAUGAAGGCACCAUAUUUGAUAACUGGCAUUACCCAGUUAGCUGUUCACACAGAAAUGGCUAUUGA